AUGCGUUUCCACUCUCUUCUGCUUUGGCCCUUGGCCGCCCGCGCAGUCAACAUCAUCUCGUCUAACGACGAUGGCUGGGCGGAAGUGAAUAUUCGCGCUCUAUUCGAGUCUCUCGGGGAUGCAGGGCACUCCGUCGUGGUAUCUGCGCCCGCAGAGAAUCAAAGUGGCACAGGAUCCCGACAAAAGACACCGGUGGCUUUGACUGAGCCGUGCGAGUUUGACAGCUGCCCAACUGGCAGUCCAGCGGUGGGCUUCAACGCUUCCGAGCCUCGCCUGGGAUAUGUUAACAGCUAUCCGGUGACUUCCAUCAAGCAUGGCAUUGAAUCGCGCGCCCCGGAAUUCUUCGACGGUCCUCCCGACCUGGCCGUGACAGGCCCCAAUGUCGGGAAUAACAUUGGACUCGCAGUUUAUUUUUCAGGAACGGCAGGGGCUGCCACCUACGCAGCUCAUGCAGCUGGGAUCCCCGCAAUUGCUUUUUCCGGGGCUACUGGAUCUCAAACCUCCUGGAAUACCUCGCGGCCACACUACAGUGAUGUCUACGCGGAGCUGGCGACGAACUUGACCAACCAGGUGGUCGCUGCUGGAAAGCCUUACUUGCCCCAGGACAUUUGGUUGAACGUGAAUUUCGGCAGCGUGUCCGACACCGAAUGCACCGACCCGGAAGAUUUCUCAUUCGUGUUGUCGCGCAUCCAUGUCGCCGUUCCCCUAAUCACCCCGGACGACGUGACCACGUGUGGUAGCUCGAGACUCCCAAGCGAGAUCGAGGUCUCUCUCGCCUCGGGAUGUCAUGCGAGUGUCUCCGUUGGGGUUGCAAGCUCCAAGAAUGACGCUAAUGCCACUAUGCAGGGGGUUGUUUUGAACAAAUUGAGCAACUUCUUGACCUGUCUGUCUUGA